AUGGCCACACCCUCCUCUACAGGCCAGACACACUUCGUGGACCAGAAUAGGGAGAAGCUGAUUGGCUGCAUAGACAAUGUGGAGGUGGUCCUAUCACAGCUGCUGCAGGACAAUCUUCUCGUCUCCGAGGAGUACGAAGCCGUGAGGACCAGAACUACAAACAGGGAGAGAAUGAGCAAACUCUUCUCCUUCAUCCAGGACUGGACCAACUCCCAGAAGGACAAACUCUACCAAGCCCUCAAACUGAACUAUCCAGCCACCGUGCGGUACAUGGAGAAGACGAUGGAGCAAGAAGAAGACAUUGAGACGUGUAUAAAUACGCACAGGGAGAACCUGAAACGCCAUUUCCAGUUGGUGAAGGACCGGAACUCCCGCAUGGGUGAGAGAGCCGUCCUGAGGAGGAGGUACACCAAGCUGGUUCUGUUGCGGAAGUUUCGGGGCGAAGAGGAGAAGAAGCGGGAGUUGAGUUCUUCGGGGGAGGAGCAAGCUCAAAUACUGAUUGACCGGUCUUCUUCUGAGGAAUAUUCCUCGACUUCCGUCGAGGAACUGUUUGACCCGGACGAUGACGGUGUCGUUCCAAAGACCGUGAUCAUACACGGACCGACCGGUAUCGGGAAAUCUCUGACCGCCCACAAGAUCAUCUGUGACUGGGCCACCUACAAUCUUUACGAAGGGAAGUUCGAUUUCUUCUUCUAUAUAAGUUAUAAGGAUUUCAACAAGAUCACCAAAAAUGUGAGUCUAGCUGGACUUCUCGCCAAAACCAGCGGAGUCGGUCUGUCCCCCAGGGUCCUUCGGAACAUUCUGAGCCGCAGGGAAAGGUUAGGGUUCUUGAUUAGCAGCUUCGAUCAAAUGAAGUGCAAUUUACGGGACCAAGGCGACCUCUGCCAAGACCCGUUUGAGGAGACCCACAAAGAUGUCCUCCUGAGAAGCUUGCUCAAGGGACAGCUUGCCAAGGGAGCAUCUCUAAUCAUCACCACCAGAACCUUUUUACUGGAUCAGCUGCAGACUUUCUUACCAGAUCCGCCCCGACACGUGGAAAUUGUCGGGUAUACAGCGGAAGCCCGGGAGUAUUACAUCCGGGCGUACUUUGGAAGCAUAGACACGGAGAUGGCUGUGGACAUCACCAAAAGGAACGAAGUUCUCUUUAGUCUCUGCACUGUGCCUUUCAUGUGUUGGGUCGUUUCCACCGUCACCAGGCAACAGAUCUCAAACUAUCCCUCGAAUUUCACCACCGACACCUCCAUGUUCCUCUACUACCUCAAGGGUUUAAUCCUCUACCACAGUAGGGAUGACGCUGUGGUUUCCUGCCUGAAGAAAGUCUGUGGUCUGGCCAACGAAGGUGUCCUCAAUCGGAAAGUCCUCUUCGAAGAAGAAGACCUGAAACGGCACAAACUUUCCAUGUCCUUGGUGGAAUCCGUGUUCCUGAACAACGUCUUCUUCCAUGGCGAUGUGGAGAAACGCACCUGCUACAGCUUUGUCCACCACAGCUUUCAGGAGUUCCUGGCUGUGCUGUACUACGCCUUGUCCGGGGAGGGAGAGAGUGGCCGUUCCGGAAUGAGGGUGGUGAGGGAGAGCACUUACCUGCCAGAGGUCUGUAAGGGGAAAUCCUUAAUGGACCUUCUGGAAAAACACCCGCAUUUGGCCCUGCCCAUCAGAUUUCUCUUCGGACUCUUGAAUCAAGCGCAGAUUGAAGACUUCAACAGUAGCGCUGAGUGUAGCCUGUCCUUCCAAGGUACCACGGCCAUGAUUACGUGGCUCUUUGGGGGCGAAAUAACUGAGUUCGAUACGGAGCGCCUGUUGUUCCUCUACGAGACACGAGAUGAUGAGUUCAUGCAGUAUGUGGUCAACCGUGCCGUGAACCUGACCUUCUCGCAGAGCCAGAAACCUGACAACUGGGCCUACCAAUUGGCCUUUUGUCUGAAGGCGUGUGCGGGCAGGAAAGUCACUCUGUCUGGGUAUGUGCUGGACCGAGACAACCUGGCAGCCUUGUGUCCCGUGCUGAAGAAGUGUUCCCAGGUUUGCUUUCGAAGUUGUCGCUUUGCAGAUGACGUGAACUCUCCGAAAGGUUGGAAGAACUCGUUGUUUGCAUCAAUGGUCAUCCAGGACAGUCAAAUCCAAGAGCUAUGCCUGUUGGGUUGUAUGUUGCCUCAAUCCACGUGUGAAGUCCUUGACAACGCCAGCAGGCAAAGCCGCAGUCUCUCUAUACUCUAUGUGAUGUUUAAAGUCAAUACCAAGGAGGAACAAGAAGAAAUGAGACGCUACCAUCAGGUCUUUAAAUCUCCAGAAUGCACCGUGUCAACCAAAAAGAUGUUGGGUAAAACCUGGUUCAUGAUGAGGUGCAAACGGGAGAGGGUUCCCUCCUUUGAGAUGGGACCUCAUAUGAGAUGGGACAUGUUUGACCCGGAGGACUUUCCCUUCGACUUCCGCGCCCGGAUUCUUUUUUCACGCAGACAUCUGUGA